UCAGGUGGAGCAGCCGAUAAAAAAGGAAAAGCAAAGCCUUAGAGCAGCAGCCUGGAGCUGGGGCUCUGUGUGCCCAGCGCCCACCCUGGGGCUGCAGCGAUGGCCGCAUGCUGGCUCCUCACCCUGGCUGUGUCCCUCCUGCCUGCAGCCCUGAGCACCAACGGAGGAGAAGCUUGUGACUGCAAUGGGAUGUCCAGGCAGUGUGUCUUUGACUGGCAGCUGCUGAUGGAGACGGGCAAUGGGUACCGCUGCCUCGGCUGCAUGGGCAAUACAGCGGGUGUCCACUGUGAGCGCUGCAAGGAUGGAUACUACCGCCAGUGGGAUGGGGACUGCUGCCUGCCCUGCCACUGCCACCCCCACGGCUCCCUCAGCACACAGUGUGACGGCAAUGGCCGCUGCAGCUGCAAGCCCGGCGUGAUGGGUGAGAAAUGUGACCGCUGCCAGCCAGGCUUCCAUUCCCUCUCCGAGGCCGGGUGCCAGAGAUAUGGGCAGAGCCAGCUGUGUGCCUGUGACCCCGCUGGCACAGCGGACUGCAUCUCGGGCCGUUGUAUCUGCAAGGUCGGUGUCACCGGUGAGCGGUGUGACAGGUGCAAACAAAACUUCUAUAACUUGGAUGCUAGGAAUCUGGCUGGGUGCUCUCCAUGCUUCUGCUAUGGACAUUCAUCCUCAUGUGUCAGUGCUGAGAAUUACAGUGUCCACAAGAUCACCUCCACCUUCCAGCAAGGUCCUGAAGGUUGGACAGGUGUCCAUGAAGACGGGUCCCCAGCCGAACUCGAAUGGUCUCCACGCCACCAGGAUGUGUUCAUAGCAGCAAGGAGAUGGGAAGCGCUGUAUUUCGUGGCACCUGCCAAAUUCCUCGGGAACCAACAGCUGAGCUAUGGCCAGACUCUCUCCUUUGAUUACCGCCUGGACCGAGGGGGGCGGCUGCCUUCUCCCCAUGAUGUGAUCCUUGAAGGAGGUGGACUCCGAGUCACUGCCCCCUUCUUGCCCUCUGGGAAAGUCCUACCCUGUGGUGUCAGCGAGACCUACACCUUCAGGUUGGACGAGCACCCAAGCAGCAAGUGGAGCCCCAGGCUGAACUACUUUGAGUACCGCAGGCUGCUGGGAAACCUGACUGCCCUCUGGAUCCGAGCCACCUUUGGGGAGUACAGCACCGGCUACAUCGAUAACAUCACCCUGGUGUCAGCACAGCCCACUGCCGGCGUCCUGGCACCUUGGGUGGAGCAGUGCCAGUGCCCCGAUGGCUACCAGGGGCAGUUCUGUGAGCGAUGUGCUGCUGGCUACAGGAGGGAUGCACCUCACAUGGGGCCGUUCAGCAUCUGUGUGCCCUGCAACUGCCACGGAGGAGGGAUCUGUGACCCAGAUACUGGCGAAUGCUACUCGGGAGAUGAAAAUGUGGGGAACAUCAUCAGCUGUCCAUUUGGCUCCUACCGAGACCCCCGGCCCCCACACAGCUGCAGAGCAUGUCCCUGUGGCCACGGCCAGAGCUGCUCAGUGCUGCCAGGCAGGGAAGAGGUUGUCUGUGACCAUUGCCCUCCUGGAGCUGCAGGGCCCAGCUGUGAGUUCUGUGCCGAUGGCUACUUUGGAGAUCCUGCAGCCUCCCAGCCAUGCCAGCUGUGCCAGUGCAACGGCAACGUGGAGCCCAACGCUGUAGGGAACUGUGAUCGCCGGACAGGAGAGUGCCUCAAGUGCAUCUACAACACGGCUGGCUUCCACUGUGAGCGCUGCAAGGAUGGCUUCUUUGGGAACCCCUUGGCCCCCAACCCUGCUGACAAGUGCCGAGCCUGCAGCUGCAACUCAGUGGGGGCUGAGCCCCUGAAGUGCCGGAAUGAUGGGAGCUGCAUCUGCAAGCCUGGUUUUGGGGGUCCCAACUGUGAGCAGAGUGAGUGCCCAGCCUGCUACAGCCAAGUGAAAGCCCAGGUGGACCUGUACCUGCAGCAGCUGCAGGAGAUGGAGCUGCUUUCAUCAGAGGUGAAAAAUGGAGGUGGGGCUGUGGGCCAGGAGCUGGAGAGGAAGAUGCAGCUGGCUGAGGAGACACUGCAGGCCAUCCUCAGAGAAGCUCUCAGCCUGCAAGCUUCUGACAGAUCCCUAGAAAGCCGUGUGACCAGGCUGAAGGGACAAGGGUCCACCUGCCAGAGCCGCUUGGAUGAUGCCAAGGCAGCAGUGGAGAGACUGAUGUCUCUGGGCAGGCAAUACGAGCGGCAGGCACAAGAUGUCAGGAGGCUGCUGGAGACAGCCAGGCUGGACCUGAGCCGCAGUGGAGCCUCUCUGAGUCGAGCGGAUAUUCCGGUUUCACACUUUCCUGGAGGCUCAAACAAGAUCUUGCUCCUGGCCCAGGAGGCUCUGAGUCUAGCUGACAGCCACAUGCAGGCAGCCAACAUCAUCCAGCAGGCGGCGAAGGCAGCACAGGACGACUCACAGCAGGCACUGGAGCUGCUGCAGGCAGCAGUGAGCGGGGAUGCAGAGGUGCCAGGCUCCCUGCAAGGGCUGCUCAGGAAGUAUGAGGAGCUGAAGUCGCUGGCUGGAGGCCUGGAGGCUGAUGCCAACAGGAUAGUCACUGAAGCAGACAAGGCUUAUCAGAGCAGCCUGAUGAUCCUCAGCUCUCUGUCCCGCCUGACCAAGACCAGUUUUGGGUCCUUUGAGGGGGAGGCUUCCCAAUUGAAGCAGGAUGCAGCUGGUCUUUUGAGCACGGUGGACAUGUACAUGGCACAGUACAGGCAGCUGCAGAGCCACAUGGGCCGCUGGGAGGAAGAAAUCAAGAAGCUUUUGCAGAGAGGAGAAGGCGAGAGAGCGAUGCUGACUCAGCUGCUGUCCCGAGCCAACCUUGCCAGGAGCACAGCCCUGCAGGCUGUGAGCGCUGGCAAUGCCACCUUUUAUGAAGUGGAACAGAUCCUGAAGAGUCUGCGUGGGUUUAACCUGCAGGCAGAUGACAAGAGAAGGGAAGCUGAGGAUGCAAUGAGGAGGCUCCAGGUUAUCAGCAGCAUGGUGACAAGUGCCAAGGAGAAGACUGACAGAGCUGAAGCCAUCCUGGGCAAUGCUGCUGCUGAAUCCAAGGCAGCCAGCAGCACUGCAGGGGAAGCAAAGGAGAUCACCUUUGGGAUCCAGAAGGAGAUCACACGGCUCAGGCUGGAGGCCAACAAGACAGCUGAUGGUGUCCUCAUGCUGGAGAAGGCAGUGGCAGCCCUGCAACAUGAGGCCAAAGAAGUGGAUGGAGAAUUCCAGAGCAAGGUUUCAGAAGCUGAGGCAGAUGCUGCCAUGAUACAGGAGACUACCAAGGAAGCUCAAGAUGUCCAUACCAAGGCUGGCCAGACUGGGGUGAUGGUGCAGGAGACAUUGGGUGUCCUAGAGGAGCUGCUGCGUCUGAUGAACCAGCCUGGUGCUGUGGAUGAGGAAGGCCUGAAACAGCUUGAGCUGAAUUUCAGCAAAGCCAAAACCAAAACCAACCAGCUGAAGGAACAGAUGUCAGAGCUCGAGCAGAGAGCCAUGCUGCAGAAGGGCCGGGUACAGAAACUGGACAGCAGCAUUGAUGAGAUCCUGGCAGACAUUAGGAACCUGGAGGAUAUCCAGAGGAGCCUUCCUCCUGGCUGCUACAACACAAAAGCCAUCGAGUUACCCUGAGGCAGCACUGGGAGGCUGCAGCCCAUAUUGGCUCACAGCAGGAGAGCCAGGUCCCUCUGCUCCCACAAAACCUGGCAGGAACAGCUGAGCUUGGUUCUGUUGGACUUGUCUUUACCCUCAGGGUAGUGCCUGAAGUUCACAAGUGUUGCAGCUGAAAUUCACAUCACUCUGGACCUGGAGAGUCCCUGAUUUUCAAAACGAUCCGUCCCUCAAUUCCAGGAGGAAGGAAAUGCCCAUUUGUGGCCUGGGGUUUGCUGGUGCCAUUUUGGAUGUGGCUUAGGGAUGCAGCAGCACUAGGUGCCGCUGCUGACCCUUUUCAUAAAGCUGCAGGUGCUCCACCAGGCUCCUCAGGCAGGUGGUUUCUAUUCUGCUCAGCCCUGAAGGGAUGGUUUUCCCAUCAAAGCUCUUUCUGGGUGAACGCAGGUUUUCCUGGCAUCCUCUCUUUCACACAGACACACAAGCACAGCCUUUCCUUCCAAGACUGGCCACUUUGGUCCCAGGCAGCUUCCUGGGUGUCCCAGAGCUCAGGGAGAGCAAGGCCAUGUUUGCUCUGUGCAAGCAUUUGGGAUCCUGUGGCUCUCAUCCCAGGAACGGGAGCUUUCUCUGGGGGACUGGAGCCAAGCAUUGAUAUCUGAGAGCCCAUCCCCAUCCUUGCUGCAGUGCCAGCAUCCUAAUUUGACCUGGUGAAGAAUACUGAAACAUCUCAAGUGUUUCUCCACCUCUGGUUUGGUGCUGCCCAUUCCCUCCCAAUCCCACAUGUAUGGUGCUGGAUGUUCCCAAAGCAUGUUAGACGCGAGUCAUUGUGCACAAGGUUUUUCUACUGUAAAUCUUUUUUGAGCACAGCCUGGAAGACAACUGUGCUCCCUACACCCACCUGCUGCUUUCCUGUGGACCCACCUCCAUUCUGACACCAUUUCCAGCUUUCUUCUGGUGUUUUUUCAGGGAGAAAAAGCCCAGAGUUCUCCAGUACUGAAAACCAGCCUUGCUGAAGUGCCCUGAUCAGCAUGGAAUGGGUGCUGGGCAGAGGGAAAUGCUCUGAGGACUAACAGAUCUUGUUAGCACUGCUUCUCUGGUAAAGCAGUGUCUGCGCUAUUCCUUGGUUGAGGGUCUUCUGAGUAACUGUCUGUGUUAUAUUUGUGUUUAAGUGAGAUAUGCUCUUACCUCUGGCAUGUUUUCCUUAUCUCCCUGUACACCAUAGGACAGGCAUUAUGGAUCUGACAUUAUUCUUCUAUCAGUUGGGUUUUAGGAAGGGAGGAGGCCAAUAAAUACUGAACACUUCUGGUCAACUCUUGCCUGCUGGUUCAGUUCCAGUGCUGUGUUUUGGGCAAGCUUGGCCAUGAGUUCUCCCAGCAGCUUGUUUUCCUCAAGCUGACGCCCUCUGGAGCUGGUUUGGGUUUGAAAUGGCACAGUAGUAGGGAAAGAUGGAUACCAGUAGCAUCUUUUUUUUUUUAUCCUUUUCUUUUGUUUAUUACAUAAUUUAAACAUUUUGCUGAUAAAGUUUCUCUUUUGUCGAUGACCGUUUUCUUUAUAUAGCAACAGAAGAAGAAAAAAAAAAAACAAAAAAGGCUCCAAAACCUUUCACAAAAGUGAAAUUGGUGGCAUGGCAACUUCAACCCUUCCCUCCCCCCAACCCCCUUUUUUAUAUUCCAAAAGACGUUUGAAGUUCAUUUCUCUUUCAGCAAAUCCCACUGUUUAAAAUCAGAGGUUCCAAGAUCCACACGCACCCAGGAGCUGCCUCACACCCCAGCAGUGCUGGAAAGUCCCUUCCUCACCUCCCCACCAUCUGCAUGGAUCUCAGAGGAUGAGUUUUUCCAUACCCACCCAUAGAUGUUUUCCAAACCAAUCCCAGCGUUGACUGACCUGUAACAAACCCCCCCCCCCCCCACCCUGUCCUUGCCCCGUUCUGAGUUUUGCUGAGCAGAUACAUGAAGGCAUAGAUAGGACUAGUAAGACAAUAUACUCAUCAUCCCUAUCACAACACUAUGUCUCUAAGGCAUGCCAUCCUAACCAUGAUGAGAUGGAAAGCCAGCUGGCUUCCUGCACAUCCCAUCUUGUGUACCUGAGGGAGGGAGGAGAAGGGCUUCUGAGGUUGCUCUCAGACUUGCCGACCUCUCUCCUUCUUCAUCUCCUCUUUUGUUACUGUCUUUUCCUCUCUUAAAAGCCACCAUCCUUCCUUCCUCUUCAGCUUCUUCACCUUUCCCAGAGGUUCCAAUCCUUUUUUGUGUGUGUGUGUGUGUGUGUGUGUGUGUUGGAGGCUGGUUUCUAACACUGCUGCUUUUACUCCAGCUUGGAGCUAAGAAACAUGGGUGAUGACUGAGGAUGUUUUCGGGGAUGACCUCUGUGUUGGGGUGGAAAGGAAAAACAGGCUGAAACCCUGAACAUGGAGGAUAGCAGAGGCAAUGGAUUUAGAGGAGUCUAGCUAUCAGCUUAUGUAGGUUGGGUGCUCAUGAAUGAGAUGCCCAGCUGGAACCUGUUGAAACAUUAGCCUGGGGGUUCAGCAGGAUGGGGGCUUAUCCCUGGAGGUGUUCCUGCACACUCUGUCCGCCCUCCCUGGUCUGGGAUCUCCAUGCCCCCUCAUCCCUCAAGGUACGUACACAACUGCCUGGAAACAGCAUGGCUGGAUCUGAGAGAUUCAGCACAUUUGCUGCUAAGACAUCGCAUGUGCUGACUGUGUCAUUUUUGCCCAGCGUUUCUGCUGUUAGGGAGGUGACUUCUCUGGGAGGGGGCUGUGGCACAGGGGACAGCAGUGCCCAGCAGGUCACCAACCUUAAUGCAAAGCCUCAUCUUUGAAGUUUCCAAAGAGCAGUUUGUGACUUGGUAGAUGUCUGGGAGCUAUAGACACUAAGAGAUAUGAAGCUGGAAGGAGUAAAGGGAGGGAGAAAAGGAUGGAGGAAAGCAAGACUUGUACCUUCCUCUCUGUGGCUGUCAUCUUUCAAGAGGCUGAGCCAGCAGGACCAGCAGGGUCCUUGCACCCUGGGAUACCCAGUAGGACAGCAGCCUGCUUAAGUAACCCUCAUCUCUGCAGGACUGGAAUUAUUCCCUUUUGCUCCAUGCUCCAUGCCUUAUUUUUUGGCAUCUGGCUGAGCGGGUUCUACCAGGCAUGUCACAAGCAGGAAAGCAGGAAACUGGCUUGUCUCAAGGGAUGUGUGAAGUACCUGAAGCCAGUUUGGAAGGGCAAAUACAUCAUGCAUAAACUUCUCAAGGACAGGAAGAGGGAAGGAGAGAAAGGAAAAAUGGGAAUUUUACAGCCAGCAUUGGAGAGCUGGAGGCUUGAUGAUGAGGACGGACCCAGUCCCAAACAGCUCGGCCAGGCCUGGGGCAAUUCUCAUCAGUGGCUCUGGGCCACCUCCUCCCCUCUUCUUCCUCCCUUGCUUCUUGUUGUUGUAAAUGGCAGAUCCCUUUCUAGGUGCUGUAGGCUGCCUCUUCUGACAUGGGGCUGGAGUACAGCAUCUAUCCUUGGCUUUGGGGUGGACUGGAUUCACUUGCAGACAAGAAGAAGUGAGACAUUCCCCUGGUAAGUUUUGCUCUGGCAGUAGUCCUUGCCCCUUCAGAAAUACCAUCUUCAUGACUUGUCAGGGCUAAGUGGAGGAUUUUGUUGGCUGGGUUGUCCUUACUGCUGGCCUGAAGAGGUUCUGCAGGACACAGAACCACUUGCAUUAUGCUUGCCCACUGCCCGCCAGGAUUCAAUGGGAAGCAGGGCACCGUGGCAAGAGAGCUAAGGAGCUUGUACUACAGCUAUUUAAUU